CGGGGGAUAAAUGUCCAUGAUUACUAAAGAUGUUAGCUAGUGGAGCCAAUCAGAGAAAAGACACAGCUGUAAAAAAUACUUUGCUGUAAAAUUUAAAAAUAUAUUGAAGAUACAAAAUCUACAUUCGUGGAAAUUGUCCUAAACCUUGGUAUUCAAAUAUCAUGAAAGUGUACACUAAACACCAAAAUGAUUCCGCGCAUUUUCACCGAAAGUGUACACUCCGAACUGAAGUAGUUUCGGGCAUUUUUUCCACUGGUCUUUUUUCUGUUUUCAAUAGAAUUAUAUGAUUCUCAGUUGUUUUUUAGGCUGCCGCUGACACAAUCGUCACGUGAUUAGGUAGUCUAUCUACAGGGGUAUAUAACUUACAAAAAAUGAAUUUACAAAAUGUAAAUUUUGUCGUCUUAGCAAUGUUAUGAUAAACGUCUAACCAUUAUUUUAAAAAUGAUUAAUUUUUUGUAAAUGUAUAUAUCCCUGUUUGCCUGUUAAGUCUAGAGGUGGUAUUUUUCGAAAAAAGUUUAAUUUAAAAAAGUUUUUGCCAUUGCCAAGCAUAACAAAUUCAAUCUGAAAAAUAUUUGUGAAAAUACCACCUCUGUUUAUAAUAAAGUGAGUAGCAAAAAUGUCCUAAAAAAAUUUGAAUUAACGAUAUCGUAUUAAUCUAAACUGCGAUAACAACAAACUUUAAAAUUUUUCUAAAUUGGAAAAAGUUUUGUAUAGUUUACCAAUUGGUACAUGUACUUAGGUACUGUACCGUGUAUUCAUGUACUAUGUACUUUAGGUACAGUAAAUCAUCCAGUUGUUUCCAGAAAGUUGAUAAAUAUGUUGGAAGAAAGGUCGAUGUCCCAAAAUUUCAGGAAAUGUUACAGCUUUUCUUUACAAUCGGGGGUGAAUUACAACGUAAUGUGAUUUCAUCACUUUUACAACAGGUGCGACUAAUGCAGCGCAUUGUUCUUGAUCUUGAAGGAUUUAGAUUCUACUCAAGCUCUCUUCUAAUCGUCUUCGAAGGUGAUCUAGCUGAGAUCUCUGAGGAUGAAUAUGAGGAUGAUCAAGUAGAAGAUCAUGGUCCCAGCUUCUAUCAGAAACCUCCAGUUGUUAAAAUUAUUGAUUUUGCAAACUGCACUUAUCCAGGCUUCACCAAGGAGGAUAUAAUUCAUGAAGGUCCUGAUUCUGGGUUUCUGUUUGGUCUGGAAAAUUUGAUCGAAAUUCUAAAUAUUAUCAGACAAUCAGAAGAGUAAAAUAUAUUUACUAGUCUUCUGCUUAGGUUCCAUAAGUCCACGGAAUUUUCCAGUGUCAGCUUCAUAAACCUCUGCUACUCCAUUAACCUCCUUUGUAUUUCCUUACACCUCCUUUGUAGCUCCAUAGACCUCAAUUGUAGCUCCAUAAACCUCCUUUGUAGCUCCAUAAACCUCCUUUAUAGCUCCAAAAAAAUACCACAGCUCCAUAAACCUCCUUUGUAGCUCCAAAAACUACUACAGCUCCAUAAACCUCUGUUCAUUGUACAUUGCACAGUUACAUUGUAUGUACAGUUCUAACUUAUUUUGCUGCAAACUCGUCAUAUUUUUUUCUAAAAUCAUUUUGGUGUAAAAACACAAGAGGGUCAGUCUUUCAAUAUGCUGACAGUAUUCUUGAAUAUAUUUUUGGAAUUUUAGAAAUAUUAAAAAUGUAUAUAAAUAGUAAAAAUGUUUUUUUUUAUUAUGACAGUAUUUUUUUAAAAAUUACUUGUAUUUAGGUCUAUCAAUAAUUUAACUGUUUUAACUUAUUAAAAAAUUAGAUAAAUUAGAACCUCAUAUAUUUGUUUAGUGUCAUAUUGUUUAGUUAUCAUAUGUCUAGUUUUUUUGUAUUUUGAAUAAUUUAGUUAAUAUAUUUUCGGACUAAAUCCAAUCUAAUGAAAUUAAACUCAUGUAGAUAUUGUGUACAGUCACUUAUGGUUAUUUUAGUUUUUAUUAUUUAUUUUUAUUUUUAGGGAAUAAUUUAAAUAAUUUUUAGUUUAAUCUUUUUCUUGUAAAUUUUUAAAGAUAGUGCAACGGAUCUCAUGAGACGAGAAAUGUAAACGAAAAAAACUGAAGAAUAUGUAUUUUUUAUCUAAUAUUUUUGUAUCUUAUGAACAAUAAAUUAUAGGUUAAUAA